AUGGACUUUUCCAACUUCCGCAACGGUUCCCACCUAGCAUUUAUUAAUGCUGCUUCCUCCCCGGAAGUCAAAUAUGUCACCAGACCUUCUUUGAUCGAGGGAAUCCCUGACUCUAUUUUGGGACUCAUCGCCCCUGUUGCGAUUUAUUGGUUAAUGUCCACAUUCUUCUUGAUCAUUGAUCAUUAUGAACUCAGCGAAAAAUAUAGAAUCCAUCCUUCAGAAGAAGAAGCCCAGAAAAAUAAGGCCACAUUCCAUGAAAUCCUCAAAGACGUUGCCUUGCAACACUUUAUCCAAACCGUUGCUGGUCUUGGUCUUUUUUAUUUUGAAGACGUUCCAUUGACCGGGUUUGAAAAUCACGCCAUGUGGGAAUGGAAGCAAAAACUCCCAUUUUUGCCAAGUUGGGCGAUUUAUCACCUCUAUUGGUACGGGUUCUCCGCGAUCAAGAUUGUCAUUGCCUUUGGGAUUAUCGAUUCAUGGCAAUAUUGGUUACACCGUUGGAUGCACAUCAACAAAUACAUGUACAAGCACUAUCACUCUAGACACCACAGACUCUAUGUUCCUUAUGCUUUUGGGGCCUUGUAUAAUGCUCCAUUGGAAGGGUUUUUGUUGGAUACCUGUGGUACUGGGUUCGCCAUGCUUUUAACCAAUUUGACUCCAAGAGAAGCUCUUGUAUUAUUCACUUUCUCCACCAUGAAAACCGUGGAUGAUCAUUGUGGCUACGCUUUCCCAUACGACCCUUUCCAAAUAAUCUUCCCAAAUAAUUCGAUCUAUCAUGAUAUCCACCACCAAGCGUUCGGUAUCAAGACGAACUUUUCACAACCUUUCUUCACUUUCUGGGACACGUUGAACGGCACCCAAUACAAAGAUCUUACCAAGUAUCAAGAACACAGAAAGAAAAUGAGCAUAGAAAAAUACAAGCAAUUCUUAGCUGACAGAAGAAAGCCUGCUGCCAAACCAACAGAAGAAAAGAAAGAAAAAUAA